AUGGAAAAGCUGCCGCAGGAGUUGGUCGACCAAAUCAGCAGCCACCUAGAUGUCGUCCAACUAAAGCAAACACUUACCUUAAACCAAAAGUUCCAAGCUGCUGCUGAGCAGUACUCAGGAGCUUUUGAAGAGGCCGGCAUCAAUGAGGAGAACGCUCAGAAAUUUCUCGACACCUUCAGCAGUCACCGCUUUCGCUACCUCCGCCGCAUCAGCUUUACAACGACUCUUCCUGCUCCACAGCGUGACCCUGAUGCGGGUCGUUCGCCCUGUCGAGAAUCUCUGGAGGACCUCAAAGCACUUGACGAGGAAUUCACCAGACAGAUCAGGCUAUUGUUUGCUGUAAUUCGGAAGCUAGAGGUCCGCGUGCAAGGUCUCUGCCCUGGUAACGUUGAGCUUACUAUCUACACACCAUUUAUGGAUGUGGAUCCCAACCUUUUUUUCCGCCAUCGCGCCUUUGUAAGCUGGCGCAUACACCUUCUCGCGCCACAAAAUCUGCCCGUCCUGGGCUCAAUCCGCUCCCUUCGUUUUGUCAAUGGAACACCAUUCAGUCCAUUCAAGGAGCCUUGGAGAACGCUACGGAAGUUAGAUUUGCGCGUAAUUGUAGACAUCGCAAACAAGCUUCCCAAUCUUAACGUUCUUGGCUGUGAAAUUGGGGGGGAUGAAUGGCCUACGCCCCUAAGAGAUGAAGUAACGGCUAGACUUUGGCGCGUAUACCAAGGGCCGCGCCGAGAUUCACGACACGAUUUUGCAGCUGCUCUUAACGAGAUAGCUCUCCCGGCCCUCAGGGAAGUCCAGCUGAAUUUCAUCAGCCCCAGCAGCCACGUCGAGAUGCUCCCACACUAUGAGAAGAUGCCCAAUCUCACCGCGCCAGCAUCACACGACCCCUUCAGUUCGAGCAUUCGCAUACUAUCCUACGGUCUCCGUCGCAUGUGUAUCUUCGCGGUCGUGGAUUCGACCCUCUUCAUACCCAGUGACGGAAGCACACCGUCGUGGCCACACCUCGAAAGCCUGAACAUCAAAUUCCACAUGGCGAGCCCCGAAGGGUCUUAUUAUUUCCUGGGUCCCGGAGGCGGAUUACGUUCUAGGCGUUCUAGCGGGUACGAGCUACAGCCUCAGGAAGCAUAUCCUCCACUGGAGCAGACAGCGGAGGACAGGGAAGAUGAUAUGAAUGUCGAUUACGUGGACUGGGUCUAUACAUCGUCCGCGCAGUAUCGGAUUCUACCCGACGACGACACACUCGGCCCUUUCCUCGCUGCGUUCGCCGAGUCCACGAAGUACAUGCCGCGCCUGAAGGAAGCCGCACUCUGGUGCCCGCUCAGAUAUUCCGUCGACGACAUGAUGUCCACGUAUGACAGCGAGGACGACGAAACCGAGCUGGUUGAUGAAUGCAUCCCGGACAUGGCCUGGGGCAUUGCGUACACAGCCCCUGGGGAGAAGGCUUUCGACGACCACCCAGGUGUAGACAGAGCUGCGUCACGACAGCUUUGGUGGAAAGUCGGGAAGUGUCGCCCAAGCCCCCGUGUGAGCGCACUUGUCCGGCAAGUUGGCCGUCACCAGCAUGACGACAACCUGAUUGAGUACUGGAAUGACAUAUUCUACGGUGAUACGCUUGUAGAUCGAAAUAUCUUCGAAGCUUGGGCGUGGAGAGUAUUCCAGAGGGACGUUGAACCUGACAACUUCCAGAGGGACGUCAAACUCAACAACUUCCAGGGGGAAGUUGAGAUUGAUAACUUCCAGGGGAACGUUGAAUUUGACAACUUCCAGAGGGACGUUAAAUUAGACAACUUCCAGAGGGACGUUAAACUAGACAACUUCCAGAGGGACGUUGAAUCUGAUAACUUCCCAAGGGACGUUGAACUCGGCAACUUCCAGAAGGACGUUGAAGACGAUAACUUCCAAAGGGACGUUAUAAUUAGUAGACCGAAAGGCCUAUACAACUUCCAAAGGGACGUUGAUCCACAACUUCCAGAGGGACGUUAA